AUGUUGAGAACUGCUGCUCGCUCCUUUGGCCUCGCUACUCGUGCUCUUCCCAAGAGAACUUUCACCCAUUCCGCCAUUGCUCGCAAUGCUAUGCCUGCAUCGCUCCAAACCUUUACCGAGGAAGAGUUAAUGCUCAAGGAUUCAGUUGCUCGCUUUGCUCAGGAUGUUAUCAAGCCAAAGGUCAAUGAAAUGGAUGAAACCGAACAUAUGGAUGCAUCGAUCAUCAAGGGCUUGUUCGACCAAGGUUUGAUGGGUAUCGAGACCGAAGCCGAGUAUGAUGGUUCCAACUGCUCUUUUACCUCGGCCAUCAUUGUCAUUGAAGAACUUGCCAAGGUGGAUCCCUCUGUCAGUGUUCUUUGUGAUGUCCAAAAUACGCUUGUUGGUACUGUUGUUCGCAAGUAUGGUAGUGAAGCCCUCAAGAGUCGCUACUUGCCCAAGUUGGCCACCGAGAGCGUGGGAAGCUUUUGCUUGUCGGAAUCAGGAUCGGGUUCCGAUGCCUUUGCUUUGCAAACACGUGCUGUGGAGAAGGAUGAUCAUUACGUUUUGAACGGCUCCAAGAUGUGGAUCACCAACUCAGGAGAAGCUGAUGUCUUUUUGGUCUUUGCCAACGUUGAUCCUUCCAAGGGCUACAAGGGUAUCACCUGCUUUGUUGUCGACAAGUCGAUGGGUGUUCAAAUCGCCAAGAAGGAGAGCAAGCUCGGUAUCCGUGCUUCAUCCACCUGCGUCCUCAACUUUGACGAUAUCAAGGUUCCCAAGGAGAAUGUUCUCGGUGAAGUUGGCAAGGGCUACAAGUAUGCUAUUGAAAUCUUGAACGAAGGCCGUAUCGGUAUUGCCGCCCAAAUGAUUGGUCUCGCUCAAGGUGCCUAUGAUAUUGCCUUGCCUUAUCUCUUCCAACGUAAGCAAUUCAACACCAACAUUGGCGAUUUCCAAGGCAUGCAACAUCAAUAUGCUCAGAUUGCCGUUGAGAUUGAAGCUGCUCGCUUGUUGACCUACAACGCUGCCCGUCUCAAGGAAGAAGGUCGCAGCUUUAUCAAGGAGGCUGCUAUGGCCAAGCUUUACGCUUCCCAAAUUGCUGAAAAGGCCGCUAGCAAGGCUAUCGAAUGGUGUGGUGGUGUUGGCUUCACUCGUGAGUUGGGUGUUGAAAAGUUCUACCGUGAUGCAAAGAUUGGUGCUAUUUAUGAAGGUACUAGCAACAUCCAAUUGCAGACCAUUGCCAAGCUCGUUGCUGCUCAAUACAAGUAA